AGCCGUCGCUCCGGCCUCCGUGCUUCUUCCUCCCCGCCCGCCGCCAUGGCGAUGAGACAGACCCCGUUGACGUGCUCGGGCCACACGCGGCCCGUGGUGGAUUUGGCCUUCAGCGGCAUCACCCCCUUCGGCUACUUCCUCAUCAGUGCCUGCAAGGAUGGUAAACCUAUGCUUCGCCAGGGUGACACAGGAGAUUGGAUUGGAACAUUUCUUGGUCACAAGGGAGCUGUCUGGGGUGCCACUUUGAAUAGGGAUGCCACUAAAGCAGCUACAGCCGCUGCAGAUUUCACCGCCAAAGUGUGGGAUGGUAUUUCAGGGGAUGAAUUAAUCACCUUGGCUCACAAACACAUUGUCAAAUCUGUGGAUUUCACUGAGGACAGCAAUUACCUGUUGACGGGUGGACAAGAUAAACUGUUGCGUAUCUAUGAUUUAAGCAAGCCAGAAGCAGAACCUCAAGUGGUCAGUGGCCACACAUCUGGUAUUAAAAAGGCUCUGUGGAGCAGUGAUGACACACAGAUCCUUUCAGCAGAUGAUAAAACUGUCAGACUCUGGGACAGAAAUACAUUGACAGAAGUGAAGGCAAUAAAUGUUGCCAUGUCUGUGAGCAGCAUGGAAUAUAUUCCAGAAGGGGAGUUAAUAGUGAUCACCUAUGGAAGGACCAUUGCAUUUCAUAGUGCAGAAACGCUGGAACAGAUUAAAGCAUUUGAGGCUCCUGCAACAAUCAAUUCUGCAUCCCUUCACCCUGAGAAAGAGUGUUUAGUUGCAGGUGGUGAAGAUUUUAAACUUUAUAAGUAUGAUUAUAAUACUGGUGAAGAACUAGAAUCUUACAAGGGGCACUUUGGACCCAUUCACUGUGUCAGAUUUAGCCCAGAUGGAGAGUUGUAUGCUAGUGGCUCUGAGGAUGGAACGCUAAGACUGUGGCAGACAACAGUAGGGAAAACAUAUGGUCUCUGGAAAUGUGUGAUUCCUGAAGAAGAAGAACUGACUAAACCAAAGGUCAACCUACCAGGAACUGCGGAAGAAGAUCUAGGUAAUGAGCUGGCAGCUGUGAUGGAGUCUGGUCAAAAAGACCUUGGCUCUGAAAAUUCAGAUUCCAUCUACAGCACAACUCCUGAAGUUAAGGCUUGAGCUUCACAGCUAUUAAUGACAACACAUGGACAUUUUGAGACUAAAUCAAGAAAGCAGUGGUAACGCAGCAGCCUCCUGGAGUGCAGACUGUACCUAAGGCAAAGAGGGGCGGUGAUGGAUAAGAAUGCAUUGGAACUGUUUGUCAAGAGUUGAGAGUAUUGAAUGGGACAAGCAGUAACGGUUUUUGCUGUCUUCAAGCACCACUGCCUGUUGUAUGUCUGAAUGUAACAUGGCAGCUGAGACAAAAGUUUCUCCAACUCCAGUUAACUCAUUGUAGUGUUUAUUACUGAGGAGAAAGGUAAUGGCUUCUAGUAGAGUGUAUUUUCUGAAAGUGGGAAGAGUUGGCAAAAGAUGGGGUUAUGUGGUAAAACAACUGACUUUUGUUUUUUCUUUUGUUGUACUUCGCUUCUGAAUAUCUGUUUCAACCAUCUAAAUAAAAUGCCUCUACAACAACA